UAAUCAUACGAAGGACCCUGGUUUAGAAGCGGUGAUGAAAGGAAAAUCGCUGCUACGCCUGAGACGAAACAUAGACCGAAGAGAAUUCUAUUUCGACAUUCAAACACAAGCCUACGGAGACGCAAAUAUUGUUUUGGAUUUCUGUCCUGAGAACUAUCACGGGCGUAAGCUCUUUGCCGAAAUAACUACUCCUACCUAGCUGUUAGAAAAACUCGCACUCGGAAGGCUUUAUCCCCGGCUAACGUUAGCUAGUUGGCUAACUAGCCAUAGCUAACGUAGCUAGCAUCUCAGUCGGCUUCAUACGUUUUCUAAACAGCGUUGUACACUACAAGAUUCUUAGGACAGAAGCUAUAUAUUGGUUUGCCUCCCCCGAUAGUCAUGGAUAAAGGUGCUUGUGUCGAGGAGCUAGAGAAUGGGGACAAUGUGGAGGUGGUGAAAGUGUUAGAAGAGUUGGAAGUGCAGAAGGAGGUGGUGGGGGUCAUAAAGGAAUCCACAGGACUCUCCCCUUACAGAUACACCAAGGAGGAGCUUUUGGAAAUCAAAGAUUAUCCUGUCUCUAACGAAAGGCCAGACUGUCUUUCUGAGAAAUAUGACAGUGAUGGUGUGUGGGACCCUGAGAAGUGGCAUGCUUCACUGUACCCUACAUCAGAGUGCUGUUCUCCUGUGGAUGGAUAUAAGAAGGACUUUGUGGAGGAUAGGGUUCCUCUGAAACGUAGAAUUGCUGAUCCCCGUGAGCGUCUCAAGGAGGACGACCUGGAUGUGGUGCUCAGCCCCCAGCGUCGUAGCUUUGGAGGGGGGUGUGUAGGGAAUGCUUUGCCUGUGGCCGCCCGCCGCCCCGUCAGCCCCCUGGAGAAUAAGGAGAACGAGAGUCUCCGCCUGGGCGGGGCCCGACGAAUUGGCAGUGGGCGCAUCAUGGCGGCGCGAGGCUUCGAGCGAGAGAGGGAAAUGAGCAGGGAGAUGGGGAGGGAACGGGAACCCCGUGUGGAGAAGGAACGGGACUUCAAGGAUAAGAGGUUCAGGCGAGACUUUGGCGACAAGCGUGUGUUCAGUGAGAGGAGAAGGAAUGACGUCUGUGCGGAGGACGAGCCCGAGUGGUUCACAGGAGGCCCGACUAGCCAGUCAGAGACUAUAGAACUUAUUGGCUUUGAUGACAAGAUCCUGGAGGAGGACAAACGCAGACCCAAACGCUCCAGGAAGAGGACUGACUCCGUUAAAGAAGUGGACUGUAACGGUGGAUUGACCGAGGAGCCGGAGCUGCUGCUGAGGGAGUCCCACUCUACGGCAGACCAGGAGGUCCCUCAUCCGGAGGUCCUACCAGAGCAGACAUCAGGAGACUUCGACUUCAACGAGUUCUUCAACCUGGAGAAGACCAUGCCAGGACUGGCGUCUAUGAUAGAGGAUGUUCUGGGCGAGGGCCCUGCAUCUGCCAGCCGCUUCAGCCGGUGGUUCUCCAGUAACCUGAGUCCCUCAGGCAGCCGCUCAUCUAGCCUGCGGUCCACGCCCCAUGAGGAGCUGGAGAGACUUGCUGGGCUGGACCCCCACUGCACUUCCCCCGGCCAGGGAGGUCCUGUUCCCUACUUCACCCCAAUCCAGUCAGUAGAGCGCCGGGACAAGGUGGACAUCUUAGAACUGUUACACAAAGCCAAGAUAGACCUGAAGCCACUCCUGUCAAGCCUCAGCGUCAACAAGCAGCGGCUUCAGCAGAGCACUCACUCGGGGGUCGUCCUGUCUCUGGAGGAGGUGGAGGGGAGCCUGAAGGGGCUGAAGGUGGGUUCCGAGCAGCAGCAGCAGCCUCAUCGGAAGGCCCACCAGCAGCGGGAGGGCAUGGCUGGCGGAGGUGGCACCAGUAGUGGCACUCCUUUCAUGGCUGAGCACCUGGAGCAGGCUCUGACCGGGAAUAUCGGCCCCCCUCGGUCACGGGCCAGGGACCCUGACAUGUCAGCCUUCAACAAGCUGGUCAGCAGCAUGAAGGCAAGUGGAACACUUCCCACCCACCCCAAAGCCAGCCAAGUGAACAGCAACCUCAAUCACCCCAAAGACCCUGCUGUAGUGCCCAUCCCUGAAGCCACUGUGCCUGCCCUACAGCAGAAGAACAUAUUCCAGGAGCUUCUGGGUACACCGGGCCCUCCCCGCAGUGGCUCCCCUGCCCUCCGCCACAAUAUGCUAGGCAGCGCUGAUGCACCGCCACCCCCUCCCCACGGUCCUCAACAUGGCCUGCUGCAGCACAGAGGGCCCUCGCCUCCUCUCUUCACACAGCGGCCUCCUUCGCCGGACUACUUCCAUGGACGCAUGCCGCCUCCCGACGGCAACUACAGCGGCCCACAGCACAUCAUGGGGGAGCAGUUCUCAGAGAUGCGUAGACCCCUUAGCCCUGGACACAGACCCAUUCUACAACCACGACAACAGAUGAGAGAGCUGUCAAUGGCUGUGGACCAGGCAGAUGUGGAGGCGCUGAUUGUCCAGCAGGACCUUGCUCUCCACGCUCACCAUGCUUUCCAGACCGGUUACACCAAACCGCCUCAUAAGGCCUACCAAAACAACAGACAACCCAGGAUGAACCGAUCCCCUGGUCCGGGCCCUCAUCCUGCAGGAAGAAACUCCCCUGGAAACACGGUCACCAGCAUGCUGUCGCCAUCUUUUGUUCCCACAUCUGUAAUCCGUAAGAUGUAUGAGACUAAAGAGAAGAAUCGAGAUGAGCCAGGUAGUCGUCCAGACAGCAAGGAGGGAGUCUCCCAAAGCCACUCUCAAGAGGACAGUAGCUCUCCCAGCUCCUUCCUGGAGGGGAUGGACGAUAGUGGCUCUCAGUCCAGAGGGGUGAAGGCCUGCUCCACCCCAAGGUCCUCCCAGGCUCGUCAGCAUGCCAAGGAGCACCAGGAGCGCCCCAGGCCAGGCUCCGCCGGGCAUCACACCCCCACCGUGGUUUCUCCCGGGUCGGCCUCUCCCUUUCCUCUCCCAAUCUACCCGGUACCGCUGCUCUCCCACGGCCACGUGCCCAUGGUGCGCGCUCCUCCGCCUCAGCUCCACCCCAGCGUGGUGCAAAGGAUGCUGGUCCAGGGCAUCCAGCCACAGCAGCUAGGCCCUGCUCUGAUGCAGGCAGGCAUAUUUCCUCCGCAUGUCGACCUUGCACAGCUUCAGGGGUUACCCACUGCCCUGCUGGGACAACCGCUGUACCCACUAGGAGCCACAGGGCACCCCCUCUUACCUCCCCGAGCCAGCAAUCACAUGCAGCUAGCAUUCAUGCAGCAGCACAUCCAGCAGCAGCAGAGACCAAUGCACCCAACAGUCUCAGGCCACCAGUCACAGAACCACGGCCCUCAUCGGACGAACCAAUCCCAGCGACGUGGGGGGAGCCCUCCUGGCGUUGGAGAAGCUGGAUUGGCCAAAUGGUUUGGCUCUGAUGUGCUGCAGCAGCCACUUCCUUCCAUGCCUGCUAAGGUCAUAAGUGUAGACGAACUGGAGUUCAGACCCUGAGGAGUUGCAUUCAGCCAGACUUUGUUUUUUCUUUUAUACCGCCCCAUUAGCAAAAAUGUGAACUUUAAUUUCUAAGGCAACACAAUGACGGAGAACGAACAGUCAGUUUCUGUGUUUUGUCUUAAAGCUUGAAGUCACUGGUAGUUUGGAAAAGGCCUGAACUCAAAGAAAGGGAAGGACAAUGAGUUAUGUUUUUUUUGUAUUAUGCAUUUGUUUUGGGUUUUGUUUUGCAGUAAAGAUUAAGUAAAUAAUGUAUAGGCCCCAAAUUGUACAGACUGUGGGAAUGGAUCGUAUUCUUCCUGUACAUAACUAUGGUUUCUUUUUUUGUUUUUGGUAAGGGGAAGGUUGUAUACUGCUGUUUAAUUGGACUGCUGCAGUCAGACUGAGUAGAACUGCCAAGCAAAGUGCAGGUAGUUGUGUUUCUUUGUCAUGUCCUGGUAGCUUUUUCUCCCCUCCCCAUGGUUUUGAACUGCACUGGAAAAUGGGUUACAACAAAUUCAAACCCAUGUUUGAUUGGAGCUGCCCUGAGCAUUUCCUUCAAGAUGUCCUCCCUAUAACUGGGUCAGGCCCCGUCUGAAGAGGAGAGGCUUCGGGAGAGUUACAGGAUGCCGUCAGAGGGAGCAGCAGGUGCUCAAUGUGCCUUUCGUUCUGUAACACUCUCAAUCGGCAAUUCCUUGUUUUUAUCUGCUCAAUUGCCUUUCUUUUUUACAGUAUUGGAGUAGAUGGUCUUCUCCAGUUUGUUCUGAGAGGGAGGUAAGGAGAUACCAGGAGAAAGUAUACAAGGAAUCCUUUUGGGUGUAUUUUUAUUUAAACUGAUUUUGAAAGAGCCCACGUUUUUUUUUCGUUUUUUUGUUUUUGUACCACCUCCCCUCUCCCCUCUGCCAGUCACACUGGAAGAGAAGCACUGCUCUGAAUCAAUUGUUUUGUUUUGGGGGGAGAUGGGGAUUCCGUUUAUGGUAAUGUGCUAUUAGGUUAUAAGCAGCACAAAUCAAAUAAAUAAAAUGUUCAAUAAAAAAAUAAUUCUCUAAAAGACUUUGUUUAUUUACAAAUACUGUUAAGUUAUGAAUGCCUUGAAUAUUCAACAUUCUCCAUGUACAUAAUUUGAAGACCACAUGCCGGUCGUCAUUGGAGUUGCCCGAUUUAACCCGUAAAUGCCCGAUAUUGUGUAU